CGGGAGUGGAAGCCAGAGGGCGGGGAAGCUUUUUGCACUCCACCACCUCUGGCCGCUGGGAAGACGUCAUCGCUUCCGCCCUACUUCCUCCUCCUGUUGGCGGCGGUGAGAAUCCAAUAUGGAGUAAAUCGGUAGAGUCGAGAGAUGGGGCUCGGACGGGGCGCCCUGCACCGCCUCCCAGGCGCACCUCCCCCGGCCGCCGACCGCUCCCCGGAACCGUGAUUGGCCCGGCCCCCUGGGGGCUACCGGGGGCCGAACCCCCACCCGCGGUCGGCCCUCUCCACCUCCUCUCAGCAGUCCCAGCCGUUCCACCGCGCGCUUGUUUUUCUCCUCCUCUCCCCCAUCGUCGUCCCCGUCCAAAUCUCUCCCCCUUCGCCCGCUCGCGAGUCUCCGGAGCCCCCGCCCGCCUCGCCCCUCGGCGCUGCGGCGCUCACGCCUCUCGCAGCUCGCCUUUACACCCUUUCCCCCAAACCUCACCCCACACUCCGGUCGCCCGGCUUCCCCUUCUGCCUUCUACCGCGCCCCCCUACAUCUCUAGCCGCCCCCCCCCCAAAUCAGGCGAUCUCCGGAGAUGUGAAGGAGGGGGGUUGAGCGGACAGGAAGAUGAAGGGAGCAAAGCUGCCCGCCGCGGGACAGGCGUCUAGGUGAACAAGAAAAUGACCGAAGAAACACACCCGGACGAUGACAGCUAUAUUGUGCGUGUCAAGGCUGUGGUUAUGACCAGAGAUGACUCCAGCGGGGGAUGGUUCCCACAGGAAGGCGGCGGGAUCAGUCGCGUGGGGGUCUGUAAGGUCAUGCACCCAGAAGGCAACGGACGCAGCGGCUUCCUCAUCCGCGGGGAGCGACAGAAGGACAAACUGGUGGUAUUAGAAUGCUAUGUAAGAAAAGACUUGGUCUACACCAAAGCCAACCCAACAUUUCAUCAUUGGAAAGUCGACAACAGAAAGUUUGGACUUACUUUCCAAAGUCCUGCUGAUGCUCGAGCCUUUGACAGGGGAGUGAGGAAAGCAAUCGAAGACCUUAUAGAAGGCUCUACAACAUCAUCUUCCACCAUCCAUAAUGAAGCUGAGCUUGGUGACGAUGACGUUUUUACGACAGCCACAGACAGUUCUUCUAAUUCCUCUCAGAAGAAAGAACAACCAACUCGGACAAUCUCUUCUCCCACAUCCUGUGAGCACCGGAGGAUUUAUACCCUGGGCCACCUCCAUGACUCAUACCCCGCAGACCACUAUCACCUCGAACAGCCAAUGCCAAGGCCCUACCGGCAGGUGAGCUUCCCCGACGACGACGAGGAGAUCGUGCGCAUCAACCCCCGAGAGAAGAUCUGGAUGACGGGCUAUGAGGAUUACCGGCACGCGCCGGUGCGGACCAAGUACCUGGACAGCUCGGAGGACGCGGACUCCUACGUGCGCUUCGCCAAGGGCGAGGUCCCCAAGCACGACUACAACUACCCAUACGUGGACUCCUCGGACUUCGGCCUGGGCGAGGACCCCAAAGGCCGGGGGAGUGGCGUGAUCAAGACGCAGCCGCCGCGGGGCAAGCCCCGGCCGCGGAAGGAGGACCGCGAGCGCUCCCAGUGCGAGUACUGCAGGGACAUGUUCAACCACGAGGAGAACCGCAGGGGCCACUGCCAGGACGCACCCGACUCGGUGAGAACUUGCAUCCGCCGGGUGAGCUGCAUGUGGUGUGCGGACAGUAUGCUCUAUCACUGUAUGUCGGACCCCGAGGGAGACUACACAGACCCGUGCUCGUGCGAUACUAGCGACGAGAAGUUUUGCCUCCGGUGGAUGGCUCUUAUUGCCUUGUCUUUCUUGGCCCCCUGUAUGUGCUGUUAUCUGCCCCUGCGGGCCUGCUACAACUGUGGGGUGAUGUGCAGGUGCUGCGGGGGGAAGCACAAAGCCGCGGUAUGACUCAGCUCCCCUCCCGUCGUCGGGGGAACCGUCUCCUCCGAACCCCGUCUGCCCAGCCCUGCCCACCCGGGGAGCAAGGAGACCAAGAGGCCUCCCGGGACCUUUGGGCACCUUUCGGCCUGGGGAACCCGCCUGGUGGACUCUGCAUCCCCCCCAGCCACCCGUGUACUCACGCCGUGUUCUGAGGAAAGGAACCCUGCAUAGACUCGCCUGUACAAUUAACAAUCUGUAAUCAAGCUAACGGUCCUAUACACGUUGUUGACUUCCUGUCUCUCCUCCCCACCUCUUCUAGUUCAAAGGUGCCUGCAGUAGAACUGCUGAUUUUUGGUGGGUUUUGUAGUUGGUUUUUCCAAGAGCAUGGAAGACGGUCUUUCCCUUGGGUUCAGAUUGCCGGUUGCCAGAGUUCCUGCAGACAUGUGCUGUCAGCUGAUGAAACCCUACCAGAAGUAUUUUAACCUGCAGUCAGUUAUUAUGUAUCGAGAUGAGCUAGUUAACUUCUACCACAAAACAAGAUCGCUUGAACUUUUAUAAAGCCAAAUUUCCCAUGUACGCUGCAGUUUCUAUCUUGAAUCCAUCAUCAUUUUCUUGCGAACCGCCUCCAUCUGUCAGUUAUUCACUGAUAGAAAACAUUCACCCAGAACAUGAGAAUUUAGCCUUAAUUUCAGAUUAACGCGAGAAUCAGGAAAAUUCCUUAAACUGUAUUGCAUCCUCUUGGACCAGGGUUAGAAAGGGAAUUUCAGGUUUUUCUGAUCCUCCCCAGUUACCCCUAAAGUAGAACUUACCAAAAUUGUGUGCCUGCCACACAGUUUUAACAAUAUUAGAAGAAAAUGCUAAUGAAGUUACACUCAUUGUUUGGCAAACCAAAUAGUCUAGUCAACAAAUUAGUGUUCUCCUAGCCAAGGUCCAUUAAGGAACACUAAGGUUGUGGUAUCAAACUGCAAGAUCUUCACACACACACACACACACACACACAACUACACACACACAGGCUAUUUUCUACUGACUGCAAGAUCUUCUCACACACACACAGACAACAACUACACACACACAGGCUAUUUUCUACUAGCCGGGGGUGGGGAAAGGGAUUCUAAAUGUCAUAUAUUUGAACAGUGGUGGGUUGCGUUUUUGUUUGUGGGCUCAUGUUUUUGUUUUCACUUUGGAGUCAAUUUCACAUCACCAAAUUCUUCAUUUAUACUUGGGGAAAAAACAAGGCCAUAUAUAAAAACCCUUUCAAUGCCUAAGUGUCUUUUUCCUGCAACGCCGAACCCAGACUUGCCACUUUGGGUGCAGAGGGUUAGUUCAGCAGGCUGGGUCAGCCUGUCGCCUUGCCAUGUAGGAAGCUUUUAAUAAGCUGGAAAAGAGUAUUUUUCUAAUAUAUUGCAAGGAAUAGCCAAACCUUACUACAGAAAGAAAAAAAGUGAUUAUCUGUACCUAGCAUAGUACAAUCAGAACGCCAUCGAAACCACAGGGGACAGGCUUGCCCAUGCUGGCUGUUCUCCCCACCUUGAUUUUCCAGUGGUAACUGUCAGCCAAGGGCCUGGCCUACUCCCUUGCUCCCCACUCCCUCACCCCUUCUCACAGGACAUCAGUCUUCAAGGAAACGACUUUCCAGCCUGCCAAUUGUAUUGGGAAAGGACCAGCCACGCUUAGUUUAUUGGGAAUGUUUUCAGCUCAGCUGAAACAUUUCAGCCUGUCAAUUUUGUCAGUCAGAUCAGUGGUGUAAAUACACAGAAUGCUUAAGAGUUAGUUGUUAGAUGUUUUCAUUUGUGGAGUGACUGGUUUGGACCUUCCAGUUUGGGAAAGGAGCAGAGAGCUGUCAAGCUGGUGAUGGAAGAGAAAAGAAACACUUCCUGCCUGGAAAACAUCUAGAAAACCUUCAGCCAGCCUCCAGUCAUUGUCAAGAGAUCACCAUUCCUCCUCUCCCCCUCACCCCUGAGGUAUUUCCUCAGGGUCUUUCUCAAGGUCUCCUCUCUACAAAGCACAACACUAAUGUAUGUUUUAUUAGACCUCAGUUCAAGUGCCCCUAUUUAUUUCAGUAGCAGUUACACACAGCCCCGCAACUGGGUUUUGUCGCCUCUCUAGUCUUCUGUUGGCUUCUAUUUUCCACUACCCCUUGUCUUUUCUCUCCCCUUUGAAGAGUUAUGCUAGUGAAUCUUAACUCUGAGGAUACUUUUUUGGUUUGUGAAGGUGAAGGUGGCGGUUAAGGGCACAAGGACAGCCCCGGGGACAUUCGUGUAAAUACGUCUCUCCUAAUCACCACACUGCAGCUAAACAGUGUGUAGUGUUUUCCCAGUCAGCUUUGCCAUACUGACGUCAAUCAUUUGAGAGAAAUUAUUCAGAUUUUAUUUUUGUAUCUGUGGUAACAAAACAUUAACCAAAAGAUCUGUUGGGAAACUUCCCCUGAACCCCCACCCCCCCCCCCCAGCUAUUUGCUCACAUUAACAAAUUAAAGUGCCUGAAGCAUAAUUCAUUCUUUACCUGUAUACUAAAGACCCUGUUGUAUUGAUUUUUUAUAAGCCUUUUUACCUCCGUGUAAAAAUAUAUAUAUACAAGUGUAUGAUGUACAUUUUAGUUCUUAACUUUUUUUUAUGGUUUCUAAUAUGUAUGACCAAUGUAGCCAUUGCUUUAAAAUGUACUGUGUAAAUAUAAACACAUCCUAUCAGGUCA